CGAGAAGAAAUAUUCUGCUAAUAUUUACCUCUAUUUAAGAAUCUUUAUGAAAAUAUUUAAUACAAUUGUUAAUCAUGAUUAGAUACAGAGGGAAAAAGAAAAUAGUGGAAAAAGUUAGAGAACUAGAUGCUUUUCCCAAAGUACCGAACGAGUUCACCGAUAGCACGCCGGUAGGCGGUACUUUUACUGUUUUAACAUUUUUAUUAAUUGUGUGGUUGGUCUACAGCGAAGUAACAUAUUACUUAGAUAGCAAUCUUGUUUUUAAAUUUGUGCCUGAUACUAAUUAUGACUGGAAAGUACUAAUAAACAUCGAUAUAACGGUCGCAAUGCCGUGUUCCAACAUCGGUGCUGAUAUUUUGGACUCCACGUCUCAAAGUGUUUAUAGUUUUGGUGAACUACGCGAAGAAGAUACAUGGUUUGAGUUAUCGCAGGAACAACAAGACGCUUUCGACGCUGUCAAGCAUCUGAAUUCAUACUUGCGAGAAGAAUAUCAUUCCAUAUAUCAGUUGAUGUGGAAAAGAGGACACGAAUCAAUACGAGCGACUAUACCCGAAAGGAAACUAAAACCAAACCGAAGGCCUGACGCCUGCAGAUUGGAAGGGAAUUUAAUGUUGAAUAAAGUUGCAGGAAAUUUUCAUAUAACAGCAGGAAAGAGUCUCCAUUUACCCCGUGGUCAUAUCCAUUUGAACAUGCUUUUUGAUGAUACUCCACAAAACUUUAGCCACAGGAUACACAGACUAAGCUUUGGUUUGCCAUAUAGAGGCAUAAUUUAUCCUUUAGAAGGAGACGAAAAAAUUGCAAAAGAUGAAAACACCUUGUAUCAGUACUUCAUUGAUGUAGUUCCAACUGUAAUAUACACUGAAUUCGAUAUGAUCAAAGCCAAUCAGUACUCAGUAAAAGAAUUGGAAAGGCCAGUGAGCCACUCGAAGGGUUCACAUGGAGUGCCAGGAAUAUAUUUUAAAUAUGACUUUGCAGGUCUAAAGGUGACAGUCUACCAGGAAAGAGAGAACUUAUUACAGUUUAUGUUGAGACUAUUCUCUAUUAUUGGUGGUAUUUAUAUUUUAAUAGGUUUUAUUAAUACCAUUGUGCUAACUUUACGAAAGAGAUUCCUGAGCUUGCAGCCAACGAGAAGUACAAAGCUUGGAGGUGUGACAGCACCACCGCAUCUCACAUCAAACUUACUUUUACAAACAGAUGAUAGCAUUCCUCUAGAUUUAAUAAGACAAUGAUAAUAAUGUAUUAUUAAAAGUAUUUUUUAUGUGUAUAAAAUAAAUAU